AACUUGGCGUAGCAUGCAAUCAAGUUUUCAACAAAGUUUUUAUUGUAAACGGUAUUCGAAUCGACAAACUUCGUACACUUUUCCGUAGAAAUCAACUACCAGUAAUAGCUAUGUAUUUAAAUAAAUUCCUUGUAAAAAGUUUUUUUUUCUAUUUACAGUCAAAAACCAAGAUGUUUUAGAAUAAUUAUGUGGCCAUGAAAGUGUUACCACAUGUUUCUGCACUUCCCGCAUUAUAGACAAGGUAAUCUAAACAGUUUUGCAGAAAUAUCUCUGCUUAUUUUACAGUACGCUACGAUUUUAACGAACUCAUUUGCUAAGUCAUAAGGAAACCACUUAAAUAUAAUAGUAUCGGAGAAUACAACUAACCAUCUGUUAGCUAACAAUAGAUGACGACCUUGAAGGCUUUUACGGAGGAGUUUUCGCUCGAAAGGGUAGGAAAUAAUUACGUUCGAGUCAGUAACCCGGGCGUGCGUUAUUGAUGGGCUGGUGCGGCGGCGCUGAGACGCGCGGUAAGUGGGUCAGGGAGGGAGCUGAUCGCGCAGCCGCCAACUCACUGCGCCCUCAACCUCUAGCCAUGGCGGACGCUCCGCCCGAGGUCCUCGAGCUCAACGUGGGCGGCGUGCAUUACGCCACUACACGCGACACGCUACUCCGUGAACCUGACUCACUUCCCGCCGCCGCGCUCCGCGAUCCAGAUCAUCCGCGCGACGCCCGCGGACGCAUUUUCUUUGAUCGUGACGGCGUUCUUUUCCGAUAUGUCUUGGAUUAUCUCAGGGAUGGCGGGCUCGUUCUUCCGGAAUGCUUUCGUGAACAUAAACGACUAACGAGAGAAGCCAAACACUACAGGCUCGUGGGUCUCGAGAAUGCUGUCCGGGAGUCAGAUCCUCGGCCAGCGAACCGUGAACGGGGAUGCAUCACGGUCGGUUACCGAGGCAGUUUUCAAUUUGGACGCGACGGGCUGGCUGACGUGAAAUUCCGGAAGCUGUCGCGUAUAUUAGUUUGCGGGAAGGUGACACUAUGCCGCGAUGUUUUCGGCGAGACUUUGAACGAGUCUCGGGAUCCGGAUCAUGGUCUAGCGGACCGGUACACAUCGCGAUUUUUCUUGAAACAUUCUUUCAUCGAGCAGGCGUUUGACAUGCUGCAAGAGAACGGUUUCAAGUUGUCGGCAAGUUGUGGCAGCGGGACGGCAGGUGCAGCCGAACUAAAGCCCGGUGUGGAUACAGAGGAAAACCGCUGGAAUCACUACAACGAAUUUGUGUUUGUACGCGAAUAAGGUUUGUAACAAUACGCGUGUGUUAAUGAAUGAAUCAGCUGAAACACCGGUUGAAUAUGGCGCUUGUAAAACGGUGGAGGGCAAUAAAUAUUAU